AUGUUUGGAAGCACUGCAUCAGAAGAUUGGCCACCUGCCUUAAAGAAGUACGUUCAAAAGGCUUUUGCUACAUUUGCACAUGAAAGUCAUAAAGAUCAGAUAGAAUCUAUUUUAAAGGAACGUUUAACAGAGGUUUUUAAAUCAGGAGAUGCUUGGAGUAUAGAUUGGGAGAAUGAACCUCUUCCAAGGUUUACUAAGUUUAUUAUUUCUGAUAUUUUUUUUUAUAGAAUGAACUUUCAUGACCCUGACAAAGCAUCACGAAUGCAGAAGAGGGCAGCUAGAUUUGUUGAAGAAAUAAUCUUUAUCCCGCGUCAUUUUUUUCAUUUUCAGAAUACAGAUAGUAAUGAUGCUGAUUUAGGAAGUUUUGAAAUAGUUGGUACCUGUCUUGAUCUAGAAAAGAAAUACCUCCGAUUAACCAGUGCUCCCGAUGCCAAAUCUAUUAGACCUGUAGAGGUUUUGAAGAAAUCCUUAGUUAUGGUGCAGAAGAGAUGGAAAGAAAAUCCUCAAAACUAUCAUUUUGCUUGUGAACAGUUGAAGUCUAUUCGACAAGAUUUAACAGUUCAGGGCAUUAGAGAUGAGUUCACAGUCAAGGUUUAUGAAACACAUGCUAGAAUAGCAAUGGAAAAGGCUGAUCAUGAAGAGUUUAAUCAAUGUCAAACACAGCUCAAACUUUUAUAUCAGGAGGGCAAUAAGGGAAACAAAGUAGAAUUUACAGCCUACAGAAUUUUAUACUAUAUUUUUACUUCCAAUUCAUUAGAUAUGACCACAGCUUUAUCCUUAUUAAGCAAAGCAGAUCACCUAGAUGUGUGUAUUAAACAUGCUUUAAAAGUGCGGUCAGCAUGGGCCUGUAACAAUUACCACAAUUUCUUCAAGUUAUACCGUACAGCACCUAGAAUGUCAGGUUUUCUCAUGGACUGGUUUGUUGAAAGAGUGAGAAAGACAGCAGUUAAAGCCAUUGUAAAAUCGUAUCGUCCACUUCUUGCGCUGCAAUAUAUCGCAGAUGAGUUGGCCUUCCAAGAUGUAGACCAAUGCAUGGCGUUUCUUGAAGAAAAGGGUGCUGCCCUCAAUGCAGAUAAAUCUAAAUUAGACUGUAAAGCUAGUAAUACUGCUAUCCAAGCUCUCUGA